AUGGUUUACAACAAGAUCCCGCCUCGGUGGCUGAACUGUCCACGGCGCGGCCAGCCGGUGGCAGGAAGAUUCUUACCUUUGAAGACAAUGCUGGGACCAAGCUAUGAUAGUCAAGUUUCUGAAGAAAACCGGUUCCAUCCCAGUAUGUUCUCAAAUUAUCUAAAGAGUCUGAAGGUUAAAAUGAGCUUAUUGGUGGAUCUGACAAAUACUUCCAGGUUCUAUGACAGAAAUGACAUAGAAAAAGAAGGAAUCAAGUAUAUCAAACUUCAGUGUAAAGGGCAUGGUGAAUGCCCCACGGCUGAGAACACUGAGACAUUCAUUCGCCUGUGUGAGAGGUUUAGUGAAAGAAGCCCACCUGAACUUAUAGGUGUUCAUUGUACCCAUGGCUUCAACCGGACAGGUUUCCUUAUAUGUGCCUUUUUGGUUGAGAAGAUGGAUUGGAGUAUUGAAUCAGCAGUUGCUACAUUUGCCCAAGCCCGACCACCAGGAAUCUAUAAGGGUGACUAUUUGAAGGAACUUUUUCGGCGCUAUGGUGAUAUACAAGCAGCACCACCACCACCUGUCUUGCCAGAUUGGUGUUUUGAGGAUGAUGAUGAAGAUGGAAAAAAGGACUCAGAACCAGGGUCUAGUGCUUCCUUUGGUAACAGGAGAAAAGAACGGUUAAAACUGGGUGCUAUUUUCUUGGAAGGUAUAACUGUUAAAGGUGUAACUCAAGUAACCACUCAACCAAAAUUAGGAGAAGUACAGCAGAAAUGUCAUCAGUUCUGUGGCUGGGAAGGGUCUGGGUUUCCUGGAGCACAGCCUGUUUCCAUGGACAAGCAAAAUAUUAGACUUUUAGAACAGAAGCCAUAUAAAGUAAGCUGGAAAGCAGACGGUACUCGUUACAUGAUGUUGAUUGACGGCACAAAUCAAGUUUUUAUGAUUGACAGAGAUAACUCAGUGUUUCAUGUUUCAAAUAUGGAAUUUCCAUUUCGCAAAGAUCUCCGCAUGCAUUUAUCAAAUACCCUUUUGGACGGGGAAAUGAUCAUUGACAAAGUAAAUGGACAGGCUUUUCCAAGAUAUUUAAUAUAUGACAUAAUUAAAUUCAAUGCACAACCAGUUGGAGAUUGUGAUUUUAAUAUUCGCCUGCAAUGUAUUGAACGUGAAAUCAUAAGUCCACGACAUGAAAAAAUGAAGACUGGGCUCAUUGACAAAACACAGGAACCAUUUAGUGUGAGACCUAAACAAUUUUUUGACAUCAAUGUUUCAAGAAAGCUCCUGGAAGGAAAUUUUGCCAAAGAAGUCAGCCAUAAGAUGGAUGGACUUAUUUUUCAGCCUAUUGGAAAAUACAAACCUGGUCGAUGUGAUGAUAUUUUGAAAUGGAAACCUCCCAGUCUGAACUCUGUGGAUUUUCGACUGAAGAUAACAAGAAUGGGAGGAGAAGGGUUGCUUCCACAGAAUGUUGGCCUUCUCCAUGUUGGAGGUUAUGAAAGACCCUUUGCACAAAUCAAGUUGACAAAAGAACUAGAACAGCACAACAACAAAAUCAUAGAAUGCAAAUUUGACAACAACAGCUGGGUCUUUAUGAGACAGAGAAUAGACAAAAGUUUCCCAAAUGCCUACAACACAGCCAUGGCUGUGUGCAACAGCAUCUUGAACCCUGUCACCAAGGAGAUGCUGUUUGAGUUCAUUGACAGAUGUGGAGCAGCUACCCAAGGACAGAAGCGAAAGUAUCUUCUGGACCCUGACACAGAGCUCGUGACACCCCCACCUCCCAAGAGACUGCACUGGCCAACCUAG